AUGCUUGUCCAAACUGCUCUUGUCGCAUUGAGUGCGACUCUGGCUGCCGCUGUCAAGCCUCUCACCGUCAAGGGCAAUGCCUUCGUCACCGAGGGCGGCGAAAAGUUCCAGAUCGUUGGUGUCGACUACCAGAUUGGCGGCAGCGCCGGCUACGACCCUUCUCACGGUCGCGACCCCCUCAGCGAUGGUGACAUUUGCCUGCGCGAUGCUGCCCUUCUCCAGCGCCUGGGCGCCAACGCCAUCCGCGUCUACAACCUGGACCCCAACUUGAACCAUGAUGCUUGCGCUUCCGUCUUUAACGCAGCUGGCAUGUAUAUGAUUCUCGACGUUAACUCUCCCCUCGUCGGCGAGAGUAUCACGAGUUUCGAGCCCUGGACCAGCUACUACGCUGCCUACCUCAACCGCACCUUCGCCAUCGUCGAGGCUUUCAAAAGCUACCCCAACACCCUCGCCUUCUUCUCCGGCAAUGAGGUCAUGAAUAACGUUCAGACGGCCGAGUUCGUUCCCCAGUACCUCCGCGCCGUCACUCGCGACUUGAAGAACUACAUCGCCAAGCACUCCGACCGCGCAAUCCCCGUCGGUUACUCCGCUGCUGACGUGCGCGAGAUCCUCGUCGACUCCUGGAACUACCUGCAGUGUGCUGAGAACGGAGACGCCAAGGACCCCAGCCGCAUCGAUCUUUUCGGCCUCAACUCCUAUUCGUGGUGCGGUGAUUCCAGCUUCAAGACCUCCACCUACGACCAGCUCGUCUCUAGUCUGAAGGACACCUCUGUGCCCGUCUUCUUCUCCGAGUUUGGCUGCAACCAGGUCACCCCUCGCCCCUUCACCGAGAUUGGCUCCAUCUAUGGCUCCGACAUGAACUCCGUCUUCUCCGGAGGUCUCGUCUACGAGUACAGCCAGGAGGACAACAACUAUGGUCUCGUCAAGGUCAAUGACGAUAAGUCCGUCAAGCUGCUCAUUGACUACCAGAACCUUGCCACGCAGUACAAGAAGGUCGACUUCAAGACCCUGCAGGCCACUAAGGCUCCUUCCUCCUCUCCGGACCCUCCCAAGUGCGCCUCGUCCCUGAUCAAGGAGAAAGGAUUUAACAACAACUUCACCCUGCCGGACGUUCCCCCUGGUGGCCAGGACCUCAUCGACAACGGUAUCAAGAACAAGCCCUCUGGCAAGAUCAUCUCCAUCUCCGACUGGACCGUCAAGCACAAGGUCUACGAUGUUGAUGGAAAGACGGAGAUCACUGGCCUCGCCGUCUCUCCCCUUGCCGACUCCGACUCCAACACUCCCGGCACUAACACUGGCGGUACCACUAUUCCUGCUGCCACCGGCACCUCCACCCCUACCGGCACUUCCACCCCUUCGUCGAGCACCACCCCCAAUGCCGGCAUCGCAGUGCGCCCCGAGGUUGCCGCUCUUGCUGCACCUCUGCUUGCUCUUUUGUUCUUGUAA